AGUCAAUAAAACUUUGUGCACCAACAGACCAAACUUCCAGCACCCACCAGCUGGGCCAAAAUGGGGAUUAGCAAAGCUGCCUUUCUCCUUCUUUUCUUGCUCAGCUCAGUGAAAGGAGAUAUACUGGAUGACUAUUCAAAAACAGAUGGUGUUUGGAUACUUACUCAAAACAAACAGUUUUACAAGACAAAUAAUGAAAGAGAAUGUGCAGACAAAUGUGAAGCUGAAAGAAAUUUUACCUGCAGGGCUUUCCUAUUCACCAGGAAAAAACUACAGUGUUUAACACUGGCUGAAAAUGCUAAAAUGACAGUGACAUUCACCAGCACAGACACAGUUCUUUAUGAGAAGAGAAUUUACCUUAUGCAGUGUAAAAGAGGUAUUGGGACAGACUACAGAGGCACAGAAGCCAAGACUCAGAGGGGUAUUCCAUGCCAGAAGUGGGCAGAAGAAAUACCCCACAAACCAAACUAUACACCUGGAAAACACCCCAAUGCAGGGUUGGAAGAAAAUUACUGCAGAAACCCUGAUGCAGAUGAAAGUGGACCCUGGUGUUACACAACAGAUCCUACUACGAGAUUUGAUUACUGUGCCAUCCCAGAGUGUGAGGACCAGGUCAUGCACACUGGAGAAGGACCUCUGGGGGAGUGCAUGCAGUGUAACGGUGAGGAUUACCACGGACAACUUUCGAGAACAGAGUCUGGACUGGAGUGCCAGCACUGGGAUGUCCAAGAACCUCAUAUGCACGGAUUUAUCUUGAAACACUAUCCAGAGAAGGAUCUGAAGAUGAAUUAUUGUCGCAAUCCUGAUGGUGAACUUCGGCCCUGGUGUUUCACUACCAACCCAAAUAAACGCUGGGAAUAUUGCAACAUUCCUCGUUGCACUACACCCCCACCAGUCUCUGGCCUAGGCUCCCAGUGUCUUUCAGGGAGAGGUGAAAACUAUCGAGGAAGGAUAGCUACCACCGAAUCAGGAAAUGCCUGUCAACACUGGAACAUGCAGUUUCCUCACAAGCAUGGCUGGGUUCCUGACAGAUAUCCCUGCAAGGGCUUAGAGGAAAACUACUGUAGAAACCCUGAUGGAGAGAAGAAGCCUUGGUGCUACACUACCAACAGCAGCAUUAGAUGGGAAUAUUGCACUAUUCCUCCCUGUGACAGGACAGAACAAGGGAUUGCUGUUGUGCCUGUACAAGCUCCCCUAACAGAGGAGUGCUACCGAGGCAAAGGGCAGAGUUAUCGUGGCACAACUUCUGUCACUGUAUCGGGAAAGAAGUGCCAGGCCUGGAGCUCCAUGUUCCCGCACAUGCAUAUAAAAACCCCGGACAGAUUCCCACACGCGGAUUUGAGGGACAACUAUUGUAGAAACCCAGAUGGUGACAGCAGCCCGUGGUGUUUCACCACUGACCCCAACACAAUAUGGGAGUACUGCAAUAUCAAGAGGUGUGAUGAUCAUACACAACAGUCUGAACCGAAUGCCUCCCCUGGAAUGAUGGAACAAAACAUUGGCCUGACUACACUCACCACAUCUGGCUGAAGUUGGAGGACCUCUGGUCUGCCAAGAGAAGAACAGAUCUGUCCAAUAUGGAGCCACCUCUUGGGGACUGGACUGUACCCAGCCAUCAAAGCCUGGUUUUGUCCAAAUUCCUGGUUUUGUUUCUUGGAUCAAGAAUGCAAUGUCUUCGCACUGAAUCUGGAUGCAGGCUAAUUUUUCUGGAAAGCAGUCCCUGUGUCAGAAACAACAUUCCAAGUAUAGUCUUAUGACUGGUUUUAAAAAUUAUGUGAUAAUUCAUAGGAAUCCUCAAUAAAUACAACUACUGGCUGAGUGUAAGUAGCUAUUGCAAAGCAGUAGCCAAGCUGA